AGCAUACAUAACCUGACAUAAGUAAGUUGUUUGUUGGGUUGUGAUCAUGUAAUAGUUUUAUUUUUUAUUGUUUCAUGUAUUAAACAUAUUAAUAUGUCACCUAUAGAAACAACGAAGCCUAAUCUUAUUAACAAAGAUGCCAACUUGUCUUUUGUCGUGGAGUUAAGUGAACAGAUUUCAACAAUUGCAUUCUCCAAUUCUGAGUUGUCCCAAGAUCUUAUUUUAAUCGCUUUUCCAAGGGAAAUAUCAGUAGCACAAUUAGACUCACAAGAACCGUAUGAAUUGAAGGAGUUAAUUAAAUUUAAUCAUGGAGUACAAUGUACAGCUCUUUCAUUAUCACCAAUCACAACGAUUUAUGGAGUACCAAAAAUUCUUGUCUUUUGUGCAGCCGGGAAUGAUUUUAAGCUAAGGAUAUUUGAGAGUGACAUUUCACAGAAAGAUACAACCAAGGUCAUAAAUGCCCAUUCAGAUUACAUUAAUGAUGUUGCUUUUGAUCCAGACAAUAAUUAUUUGGUGUCAGCAAGUGAUGACAACACUGCAAAAUUAUGGAGUACAGAAGAUUACCAUUGCCUUUACACAUUUAAACUAAAAUCUCCAGGAAUUUCCUGUUGUUGGCAUAAAGAUGACAAUUCUAAAUUAAUGUUGGCUGAAAAAAUGGGAGUUAUUCGUUUCUAUAAUGUUAACACUCAAAAACCUAUUCUGUCAGUUGACUAUAAUAAACCGAUUGCAGCAGCCCAUUGGGCCCCCUCAGAUCCGCAAAUUGUAGGCUGUCUUCAACAUGGCGAACUUGUAAUAUGGGAUUUAACAAGAGCUAGUCGACCUUUAUACACUAAACUUUUAUUUGCGGAUUCUGGGAACAGCAUAAAAUUCAGUCCAUUUGGUGAAUUAGUGGCGACAAUGAGUCAGCUUGAAGGGACAUUAAAAGUAACUAAUGUUCAGAGUCAACAUCAGCGUUUAUCAGCUCAGAUUUCACUUGCGAGUAAUAUAUCUUGGCACUUUAGACUGCCUUUUGUAUGUGUAGGAGUUGAUAAUAAUUUAAUGUUCUGGAAAGUAACUUAAAACUUGUAUGUUUAUGUUCCAACUUUUUCUUUACUUUAAUAAAUAAUGCAUUUCUUAUUAGA